UUGUACGGGGGGGGGGGACGUGUUUCAGUACAAAUAAUCCCUCUACAGUAUCUCUAUCUGAAAAAUACCUUUACAUUUUAAUUAUCUGUUGAUUCAUGUCCCAUAAAUGAAUGAAUUAAUCACACGUUUCAAAGCACAGUUUAUUAUUGGAGCAGAAUCCAAUUGAUCUCCUUUUUCUUAGAACUUUUUGACCCAGCCUCGCGUGUUGUGUUACAGACAGUGUAACAUCAGCGUGUUUUCUCCACGUCGUCCUACUGAACACAUGAAGUGAACACAGAAGUCACAGCCAGGCCUUGAGGGGAAACAAAGCUCCAUUAGUUUGACAUUAGAGGUCAAAUGUUCGGUUCCACACAAAGGAAAGUGGUGACCAGUGGAUGUUGAUGCUGGUCAUUAGUGGUUUUGGGGGUUAACUAAUAAAAAAAUAGAAAUCUGUGUGUAAUUAACAUAUACAGAUCUUCAUGACUACAGACCUUCACCACAGACCAAUGAUUUUACACACAAAUAACACAGAAGGAGCCGCGGCCGAGGCCGACAGAGAAUCCUUUUGUUGAGGUUUUUGUUUCCGUGGUUCUGGGUCCAUAUGUUGCCAUGUCGUUUUUUUACGUUGGUAUAAAUGACGUGACGACGGUACAUUUACAAAAACACAGUGUUUUCUUUAUUAUAACACGCGUUGUUCGGCCCAGGAUUUUGUUCACAGACCUAAAACUGGCUGAACAACUUCAGCCUCAACUCCUGCUCCUCCACGAGUCACGUUGGAGUUCGUUCUUGUCUUUUUUAUGUCUUUGUUCUCCUGCUGUUUCCCCAGACUCCAAGGAGAGGUCAGCCAAGAGAUUCUCUGUGGACGGUGUCUCCAACUACACCUCCCUGCUGCUCAGCCAGGAAGACGACAUGCUGUACGUCGGGGCCAGGGAGGCGCUGUUCGCCCUCAGCCUCUCAGACAUCAGCAAGACCAAGCUGCAGAAGAACCUGACGUGGGGCACCCCUGCUGGAAAGAGAGAGGAGUGCAGCUUCAAAGGAAAAAACCUGGAUACUGACUGCUUCAAUUACAUCAAAAUCCUCCUGCGGCUGAACAGCACCCACCUCUAUGUGUGUGGAACCUUUGCUUUCAGUCCUAACUGCGCCUACAUCAACACGUCAACGUUCUCACUGGAGAAAGAUGAAAUGGGAGAAGUGGUGAUGGAGGACGGACGCAGCCGCUGCCCUUUUAAUCCAGAGUACAAAUCCACGGCCGUCAUCGUUGAUGGAGAACUGUACACGGGCACAGCCAGCAACUUUCAAGGAAAUGAACCGGUCAUUUAUAAAAGUUUGGGUCAAGGACCUGCACUCAAGACUGAAAACUCCUUGAAAUGGCUUCAAGACCCAGUCUUUGUGGGCUCAGCCUACAUCGAGGAGAGCCAGCCAAUAGGAAAUGCUGUGGGUGAUGACGACAAGAUCUACUUCUUCUUCAGCGAGGCGGGAAAAGAAUUCGACUUUUUCGACAACACCAUCGUGUCCAGGAUCGCCCGCGUGUGUAAAGGCGAUAAAGGAGGUGAACGGGUGCUGCAGAAGAAGUGGACCACCUUCCUGAAGGCUCAGCUCCUCUGUUCCCUCCCCGACGACGGCUUCCCCUUCAACAUCAUCCAGGACAUGUUCGUCCUCAAGCCUGUGGACGACAGCUGGGAGAGCACCGUCUUCUACGGCGUCUUCACCUCUCAGUGGUAUAAAGGAGCGUCCGGCAGCUCGGCCGUCUGUGCCUUCACCAUGGCUCAGGUGGAGAGAGCCUUCAGCGGGCGUUACAUGGAGGUCAACAGAGAGACCCAGCAGUGGUACACCUACAACCACCCUCCACCAGAGCCCCGGCCUGGAGCCUGUGUGACCAACCACGCCCGACAGAUGGGAAUCCAGUCGUCCUUGCAAAUGCCCGACAAAGUGCUGAACUUCGUCAAGGACCAUUUCCUGAUGGACAGCGUGAUCCGCAGCACGCCGCUGCUGCUCAAACGCAGCGUGCGCUACACACAGAUCGCCGUGCACAAGAUCGAGGGCAUGGAGCGGGCGUACGACAUCCUCUUCAUCGGAACAGAUGACGGGAAGCUCCACAAGGCCGUUAACGUCAACGACAGGAUGCACAUCAUCGAGGAGCUGGUUCUGUUUCCUGAGCCUCAGCCGGUGCAGCACAUUGAACUGGAUCCUCAGAGGGGUCUGUUGUACGUUUCCUCCUACUCCGGCCUGGUGGAGGUUCCUGUGGCCAACUGCUCCAACUACCAGAGCUGUGGGGAGUGUGUGUUGUCCAGAGACCCGUACUGCGCCUGGACCGGAAGGCUGUGUCGUGACGUGAGGAUGGCUCCUCCUGACAGCCGUUGGCAGCAGGACGUGGAGGAGGCCGACACGGCGGCCAUUUGUAACAAGACCGUCCCCAGCAGCAGAUCAGCCAGACCAGCAGCGUCUCGGGGCGCUCCAUGCCAGCUCAUUGUAAUUCCAGCCAAUACAUUUAGAGUCCUGCCCUGCAAGAUGCGCUCCAACCUGGCGACCAGGAGGUGGCGUCACAGUGACAGCGCCAGUCAGUUCAUCUACGCCACACCUGAGGGGAAGCUGGUGGUGGUGGCGCAGGCCGACAGGAUGGAGACCUACGAGUGCUGGUCCGAGGAGGAGGGCUUCCACCAGCUGCUGGCCAACUACUGCGUGAAGGCGGAGCCGCGGCAGGAGAGCACCACCAUGAUCGGUCACUCGCGUACGCCGCUCAUCAGGCACGAGGAGACCAUCAUCCUGCCUGGACAGUCGCGCUCUGAGCAAACGAAGACCUACCUGAACGAGCUGAUCGUGGUGUGCUCCCUGUUGGCCUUCUCCCUGGUGGUGUUCUCGCUGUUUGUCAUCUACAGGAACCGCAAUCACAUGAAGUCCAUGCUGAAGCAGAGCGAGUGUCCCAACAUGCAGAAGAAGCCCAGGAUGGUGACCAAGCCUGCGGAGAGUCUGCCGCUCAACGGGAACACCAUCCCCGUGUCCACCUCUGACCACAAAGGUUACCAGACGCUGAACGACAACUACAUCUGCAGCACGCCCACGCACGAGUCCUCGCCGGACAACAGCAAGAGUUUCUCUGAGGCCUCGGACCGACGGCCGCUCAACGUCAAAGAGAGCCACGUGGAGUACUCCCCGACUCUGCCGCGGCCCAGAGUCCGACUGGGCUCAGAGAUCAAGGACUCCAUUGUAUGAGAGCGAGGUGAACUGUGACAGGUCCGAACCCAGGUGUGGAUGAAGGAGACGGCCCGUGGAGCAGAGCAGAGCAGAGGAGAGGAGAUGUGGAGGUCCUCCCACAUCACAGCUCAUCUCUUCAUUCAGUCAUCAUUGUCCUCUGAUCAUCCGUGGAGGUCAUUUCAUUUCAACCUUUUCUGCUCCGAGGGCAGAGAACGGUCCGGUUUGAUGCACGAGGCUGGAACACAAGAACCGGCGGAUAAAAAAGAGACACGGCGGCUGCUCAGUCCGACAGAAAGACACCUACGUUUUUGUUUAGUUUGAAACCUCUGUGUCGUCGUCAUGGUCACCAGCAGCUCAUGUGGGAGAGUUCAGAGCUGGGCAAUAACGAAAAACGAGUAUUUAUGUCUUUAGAUGUGCAGAGUACCAGGACACACCCUCAGAAUCACAGCCUACAACAGGACCAGUGACGGCCACGUGGUCCAGCUCCACUCAGAUAUAAAUAACUCCACACAUGGCUGCCAUACGACGUGACAUCAUGAGUGGAACCAAAACCACACAUUCAUGGAAACCCAGGAGUUCAGGCCAAGGAGAAUGUGACAUAAUCCAAACACUAUGAACGAUGUUAACGUCUGCAGAAGAAAUGUGAAUCCUGUACAAACUGAUGACAGCUGGAAAAAAAAAAAAAAAAAAAAAAAAAACACCAGGACGAGUUAUAAAAAAGAUGGAUUCAGUUUAUCUGUUGAAUGUAUGUUGGUUUUCUACAAAAUGAACGACUGCAGGAACUGUUUCUCCUCUUCAUCAACUCUUCAUCAACUCCUCAUCCACGACACUUCACUUCAGUCAAAAAAAAAGACAAAAUGGAAACAACACUGACAGGACGCCAAGGAAAAAUGAAAGAAGGCAUCUUCAUCAUCAUCAUCAUCAUCACCUUCAUCAUCAUCACCUUCAUCAUCAUCACCGUCGUCACCUCUACCGUGUUCAGGGCAGCACCAUCAUCAUCAUCAUCAUCAUCAUCUCGUGCACUGUGCCAAAUUGAAAAAGAAAACAAACUUGAUUGUUCGUCCAAAUGCAAUAGUGCCAUUUAGUUUGAUGACAACGGUGACUGUUGGGUUUUUUAUUUUGUUCUGGGGAAAAAAGGAGGAAACUGAAGUUUGGUUUCACCAAAGUAAAACGGCAUCAAUAAUGAGAAAAAGAGUUCGACUGUUAUCAGAAAAAUGAUGAAGAUGAAAACAGGAGAGAAGGUUCUUCUUCACUGACCUUUAACCUGAUUAUUUGCCUUGUGAGUGUUACUCUACAGUUUGAUCAGCAGCGACACGUGCUGAUUGGACAGACCACUGGUACCAAAAGACUUUUUCUUCUUUUCAUCUGAAAUUAAGGUCAGGACUAAAAAAAAUCAAAUUCCAAACUGACGGAUCUCCUCAGAAAAAUAAUUUUCAACAAGAAGUUUAUCCAGUUGUAAAAGACAAUAAUUAUUUCAAAAACAUAAAGUAGAAGAAUUAACACUCAGGUAAAAAAAAAACAAUGAGAAUUAGGAAUUAAAAAAAUAUCACUUUUAGGAAUACAGACAGAAACAAUAAAAAAGUUGUCAAACUUCUGAGUAAAGUUGCUUUCACAAAAAUUCAGGCUUAAAAAAAACGACAGACUUUAAUCUCAGAAUUCCGACUUCUAAAGGUUUUGUUUCUCCAGAGGAGGUGAAACAAGUUCCCGUCAUGUCACAGCUGUUGUUGGUGAACAGGUGACAGAUCAGUGUAGUAGUACUACAGUAGUACUACAGUAGUACUACAGUAGUACUACAGUAGUACUCCAGUCCAGUGUCAGUACAUGGUUAAUGUGAAAGCACAAGUGU